UUCCAGCAGCAUGGAGUCCGGGCGUCGACGAACCACUCGAACCCUGAUACCGCUGGUGCAACUAUUGUUUGCCGCGGCGCUUACUUUCCUGUUUGUAGAAGACGCCGCCGCCAAGACACAUGUGAGCAGACACCUGGCGGUGCACGUGGAGCAGGGCUGGGUUCGAGGCCGCUACCAGCACACGGUGUACGGCUUCCCCUACGUCAGUUUCAGCGGCAUCCCCUAUGCUGAGCCCCCGGUCGGCUCGCUCAGAUACAAGGCUCCAGUACCAAAAGCCAGUUGGACUGGCGAGCUCGACGCGACCGUUGAAGGAUCUCCUUGCCCCCAGGUCAACGACUCCGGUGCAUACCUUGGCAAGGAAGAUUGCCUUUAUCUCAACGUGUAUGUUCCACACGCGCUGAGGAGAACGUUCGGAAGCAGGAACGACCUGCUCAAGGUGAUGGUGUGGAUCCACGGCGGCGGAUUCGUGCAGGGUGAGGGCGGCCGCACCCAGUUCGGACCAGACUUUCUCAUCGAACGUGGCAUCAUACUGGUCACGUUCAACUACCGGCUCGGUGUUCUCGGGUUCCUGAGCAUGGAGUCUGAGGCGGCGCCGGGCAACUACGGCCUGAAGGACCAGACCCUGGCUCUGCAGUGGGUGCGGCGCAACAUCCGCUCCUUCGGCGGGGACCCUGAUGACGUCACGCUGUUCGGCGAGAGCGCGGGUGCGGCCUCGGUGAACUAUCACCUGCUGUCCAACUCCUCCUGGGGGCUGUUCUCGCGCGCCAUCGCGGCCAGCGCCUCCGCGCUCAGCCCCUGGGCCUUCACCAGGAGUCCCCGGCAGCGCGCCCGCUCGCUGGCCGCCGCCCUGGGACUGCCGACCAACGCCUCGGACCGGCAGGCGCUCCACUUGCUCUCCCGCGUGCCGCCGUGGCUGCUGCUCACACACACCAGAGCCGCGCUCUCCCAAAGGGACAAUGCGAGUCUCUUGACGUUUGUGUUUGUCCCGAGCGUGGAGCCCAUCCACGACGGAGCUUUCCUGACCGAAGAACCCUCCCUUCUGCUGCUCAAAGGCCAAUUCCUGCACGUGCCGUACAUUACGGGAGUCAACUCCAAGGAGGGCAACUUCUUUGUUUCUGCUGCUUCAGGUGGUUCUUUAUCAACAAACGAAAGCUUGGCGAACUUUAACAAGAACUUUGUUAGUAUUAUUGGCCCUGAUAUUCGUGACAACGUGGAAUUCAAUCAAAACACAAUUGCCGAAAUGGCUCGUGGUCUCUACUACGGAAAUAGUCCAAUAACAAGGAAGAAAGAUUUGAAUACUUCAAACCUACUAUCAGACCUGUUUUUUGAAGAAUCAGUGGACACUGUAGUUAGGGUAAUGGCUGCGGUAUCCCAUGAACCUGUUCGAUAUUACCGGUUCUCAUUCAAAGGACCCAACAGCGCAGUGCCAGACGAACCAGGAGUUGCGCAUGGAGAAGACCUGAAAUAUCUUUUCCACACGACCUUAAGCAAACAAAAUUUGGAUCGGGAUUCUGAUGAAGGUAAAACGAGGGAUCGAAUGGUUGGAAUGUGGACAAAUUUUGCUAAAUAUGGAGAUCCAACGCCUAUUACGACAACGCAGCUUACAACGACGUGGAAGCCGUACACGGAGUCAGACCAGUACCACCUGGACAUAGGCACUGAUCUCAAGUUGGACAGCUCACUUGACGAGGAGCGCAUGGAUUUCUGGCACCAAGUGCUUCCACCUCUCCGUCAUAUAUAGUAUUUACAAAUACAGGGAAACUGCAAGGCACAUUUUUGACUAGCAGUAUUUGAAUGUUGAUGCUCAUGUUAAUACGGCAGCAACCACGAAAGAAUUUCAACUAAUAACAAAAUAACACUUUUUGUUUGCAUUGUGUUAUAGCCGUAAUCACGAAUACAUCCUUCCUGUUUUGUACAGAGCAA